AUGCAAAUAUCAAUCAUAUUUCUUGGUCUGCUAGUCACUGAAAUCGUCGCCUCGCCUACAAGGCUAUUUGCAACUAAAUCAGUAAAUCAUCACAUGACUUUUCAUAAAACGUGGAAGAAGCCAGAGAAUUUCAAAUCGGAAACCAGUAUCGAUAGCUUUGAAAAGGUUGUGAAAGAUUUUUUUUUUUCUGGGAAGGCUGCCGGUUCCAAAGAUGCUUAUCUAGCUCUACGUAUAGGUAAAACAGCGGAUAAGGAUAGUAAGACUUCGAUUGAGAAGCAGAUUGAAUUACUUCCAUACCUUUCAGCGUCGUCAAAAAAUUUGGCUCCAAACAUGAACGAAAAUGCGUUACAUGGCAGACACACCAAUAGUUUUCGCCUUCAAAAUCCUUCAGACUAUUAA